CGUCUAUAUGUUUCCUUGAUUCGUGAUUUGCUUCCUUGUUUCUUUUUCCAUUGAAGAGGAAAACCCGCAAGAUGGGUAAGGUUAAGUGUACUGAAUUAAGGACGAAAGACAAAAAUGUGCUGCUCAGGCAGUUGGAAGAGCUCAAAACAGAGCUGACAAAUCUUCGAGUAGCAAAAGUCACGGGAGGUGCCGCGUCGAAGCUUGCAAAGAUCCGUGUGGUAAGGAAGGCAAUAGCUAGGGUAUACAUUGUAAUGCACCAGAAACAAAAGGAAAACUUGCGUCUGUUGUACAAAAACCACAAGUACAAGCCUUUGGAUUUGAGGCCAAAAAAAACUAGAGCACUGAGAAGGGCAUUGACUCCUUUCCAAGCCAAGAAAAAAACUCAGAAAGAAAUUCGCAAACGAUCUGCCUUCCCUCCAAGGAAAUAUGCUUUAAAGGUGUAAACUAUGAGGUACUA